AUGCGGUCGCAUUUGGCGGCACGCAAUGCGUACAGGCGCUGCCUCGUGCAUGGCCGCGCCGAUGCCCGCCCUGCCGUCCCCUCUGUGACGUCAACCUCGACGUGCUCCCUCUCGACCUCACGAAGCACACCCCCUACCACGAAUCCUGUUGCGUCCCCCAGCUGCGCACGGCCUGCUCCCCGUCCACAACGAUAUACGAGACGCUUCACAACGGUAGAAGCGGGAUCCAAAGCUGCAGCAAGAUCCUUCUCAACAACCUCUCGGCGAAGCUUCCUAGGCGUUCUCCGCUCGCAAGCCCCUCGCGAGCUCAAAGAGCAGUAUGUUGAGCCAGGCUACGAUGUGCUCCUGCAAUUCCGCGCGAGUGUUGCUGAAGACACCCGCCGGCCGCCGCACGACGACCUGGUCCAGGCCUUCCGCGACUUUUUCGCCUACAAGUAUCAGUAUGGCAAGCGGGUGAAUGCCACCCAAGCACAGUGGUUCCGGCGGCUCUACCAAUACCUGCGACACGAGGGUCAGGACCUUGAACAGCAACAGGAGCAGCUCUACGAAAGAGAUGGCUGCGCACACGACCUCGAUCUCCAAGAUCUGCGGAACGCCCGCGAAGCUCUCGCCAAACCGCCGAGCAGUGCCGCAAACACCGCCGCAGCGCACGACCACCUUGAGAUGUGCCGCGAGAUAUACGCGGAACUGCGGAGACGUGGUGCCUACACGCCGCUCGACUUCAAGCGCCACAUAUUUAUUUUGUGCCAGUACGGUGCCUCUGUGGAGGCAGCAGAGCUCCUGACCAAGUACUGGUUAUCGCCACAGCCAUUGUCCCCUCUCACAGCAAGGACCGUCGAUAAACCGGCGGCUGAGCAAUCACGUCAAGCCGAGAAUGGCAAGCGCUCACGGCGAGACAAGGAGCUGUGGGUGCUGGUGCUGCAAGGCCUGGCAAAAGAAGGUCGCGAAGAUGCGCUGCUGGCCGAGGCCAAGGCCGCCGAGGAGGCCGGCCUCGAGUAUAUGCCCCUCUUCCACGAGAUCAUGACUACCUUUUACGCACGGCAAAAUAACUACGCCAAGACACGGGAGUGGUUUGAGAAGCCCAUUGCUGCCCGGCGACACGCGACGGCACAGACAUACGCCGAACUGCUUGCCUUUUCGCAGCGCAGCGACGGCAACAACCUCGCCGAGAAGCAGAUGUGGAUCCAGGCAACAUUCCAAGACCUGUGUGACGCCAAUCCGGCCAAGGACGUCUGGGACGUCAUCUUUCAGUGGGCCGUGGUCUCGCUCGACAAGGGCGUAGACGAGAUCCGCCACAUGAUUUCCACCAUGGUGAAGCACAACGCCAACCGGCCCAACAUGUCGCCCGACGCGGCCACAGUCAACGGUCUGAUUCGGGUGGCCGCAGCCAAGGGGGAUGUGCUGCUGGCCGAACGGUUUGUGCAGCUCGGCGCGGCACCCGAGAGUGCCAACGGCCUCGACAUUGCACCCGACGCGCAGACAUUCAUCCUGCAGCUCGACUAUCGCGUCAACGCCAACGACCUCAGCGGCGCCUAUGCAUCGUUUAUGCAUCUCCAGAGCAUUGAUUGCCCCGACGAGGAGGACGCGCCCGUCAUCAACAAGUACAUUCGCGCACUGUGCUCCUCGGCAUCCGCGUCUGCAGCCACCACCGGCAACAUCAAGAACGUCAAGAUCACGCAGCGCAUCCGUGACGUUUUGGACAUUGCCGAGCACCGCCAAGUCGCACUCGAGCCCGCCACCGUGGUGUCUCUGUGCAUGACAUUCUUUGGCUGCGACCAGCAGUUCGAGGUCAUUGACGUUCUCUCCAUGCACGCCAUGCAGUACUCGGUGGAGGAGCGCGCCAUUGUGCGCGAUGCCUUUGUGGAGUACAUUGUCGACCGCAAUCGGAGCAGCACCGCCCGUGCCUGGGACGCCUACUCACUGCUGCGGCAAUACUUUGCCGAGACGCCGCCGGCCAGCCGUGUGCGCGUCAUGGACGGCUUCUUCCGCCGCCACCGCCCAGACAUGGCCUGCUACGUGUUUGGCCACAUGCGCGGUGCCAACGACCCGGCAGUGCGGCCCACGGCCGACCUGUACGUGCGUUGUCUCGAGGGUCUGGGCCGCUGGCCCGACGAAACGGGCCUGAAGAUGGUGCACAACAUGCUCAAAAUAGACACGCGCGUGCAAAUGGACACGCGACUGUACAAUGCUCUGAUGCUGGCGUACGCAGCCAGCGGUGACCGGUCGCGGGCGCUGGACUUCUGGCACGAGAUUGACGGCUCCGUGGAAGGCCCCUCGUAUGCCACGCUGGCGAUUCUAUUUUAUGUCUGUGAGGGCCUCCCGUUUGGCGACGCGACUGCACGGUCCGUGUGGGCCAAGAUGCAGCGCAUGGAGGUGGACGUGCCACCAGAUGUUUUUGAUGCGUACAGCAGCUCCAUUGCUGGCCAAGGCCACAUUGACGAAGUCCAAAAGCUGAUUUCAAACAUGGAGAAGAGCGUCGGAUACGGGCCGACACUAACGACACUCGGCCUUGCUUGCAACGCUCUCCCUGGCCAGGAUCUGCAGGCGUCGUUCGCCGACUGGGCGGCAGCCGAAUACCCGGACAUCUGGGAGCAGGUGAAGAAGCGCGGCUGUACGGCGAACAUCGAUGGCCUGCGUCGGUACAAAAUUACGCGAGAGUUGAAGGCAUGA